AUGGCUUACAAGCCAGACGACACCGAUAUCCCAGCCCUCCUCAAGGAGCUCGAUCGGCUAGCGAAUAACACCACCGACCGUCUGAGCGCCGCCGUCGACGAUGUCGACAAGAUAAUAGACAUCCUCGCACAAGCCCGGGAGCAGAUAGCUGAGUCUCCCGACCCCCAUACCGCAAGCCUUACCCUCGCCAGGCUGCAAAACCCAGUAUCUAAAGGCUUCGAGGCUAUCGACCAGGACCUGAGGAAGGUUGACAAGGUCCGAAAACACUAUGGCAAGGUCCUCGACAAGCACUUCCCCCCGAGGCCGCUGCCCACCGAUGAUGAUGCCAUGGCAAAACACCCCAAGUUAAUUAAUCGCGCUAUUGCCAUGCACCUGCUGCGGGAGGGCCAGUUCAAUGUCGCAUCGACGUUUAUACAAGAGACCGCAUCGCUGGAUCAGUUCCAAGAGCAAGAGCCAACACACGAGGCGAGGGCACCAGAGCCACCAUCACAGCCCAACGACGACACCGACAUGGACGCCGACCACUCCGGCGCAGAAGAGGGAGGGGCGGAGGAAGACGACGACACCAUCCCAAACCAGGAUUCACGGGGCGCAGCGGAGGCGGGAUACGAGGGCGGCGACGACGAGCCAAUGAGCGAGGUCCGCUCUUUACAGUCACACGAGCUCCAGGAGAAGUUCGCAAGUAUGUAUCGGAUACUUAAGGAGCUCAGGAACCAUAACCUCCUGCCCGCCAUCUCGUGGGCGCAUGAGAACAGCGCCGAGCUUGACGCCCGCGGCUCCGACCUGGAGUUCGAGCUGUGCAAGCGGCAGUACAUCUACCUCAUCCUGCAGAGCGGCAGCGGCGACGGCGACGAGGACGAUGGCCCCGCGGAGGCUAUGGAGUAUGCGCAGGCCAACUUCCCACGCUUCGCUGACCGGCACGCCAAGGAGAUCGCGCAGCUCGCGUCCGCGCUGGUGUACCAACCGAACCUGGCUGAGUCACCAUAUGCGCACCUGUUCGCGGGCGGCGGGGACGUGGGCGAGGCGGGAUUCGACGAGAUAGCGAGCUCGUUCACGCGCGAGUUCUGCUCGCUACUAGGCCUCAGCGCCGAGAGCCCGCUGUACGUGGCCGCGACGGCCGGCGCAAUCAGCCUCCCUCGGCUGAUGAUGUUCGUCGGGGUCAUGACGCAGGCGCGGGCGUCGUGGACGACCGCCUCCGAGCUCGCCUUCGACACGCCGCUGCCGCGCUCCAUGAUCUACCACUCUAUCUUCGUCUGCCCCGUCUCCAAGGAGCAGACCACCGACCGCAACCCGCCCAUGAUGCUCCCCUGCGGCCACGUCCUGGCGAGGGACUCGCUGAAGAACCUGGUCAAGAGCCACCAGCGCUACAAGUGUCCCUACUGCCCCGUCGAGGGCCUGCUCCGGGACGCGAGGCAGAUCAUCCUUUAG